AUGGAGGCUUCGACAGGAUACAAAACUAUACCAGAGAUUUUUGUCGAUCCUGAGAAAACUCCCGUUUCUUCUGACAGUGAAUCAUCUGAAUCAUCUGAUGAUAAAUCAUUAAGUAGUAAAACAAGUGAUGAGAACUUCAGACCAACUCAUCACCUAGUUAUUCCUCAGUUAAAACAUUCAAAUUCAGCUUCUUCUCUUAGUUCAUACGCAUCUUCAACUCCAAAUACUCCUAAUGAAAAACCCUUAACAGAAGAAAAUAUAUUUUCACUUGGAGAAAGUGGAGCUUUGGCUCAAAGUUGGUACACUAGUGGUGGUGGAACAAUUCAUUCGGAUGGUCGAUGGUUUAGAGAUGAACAAAGUCGAACUUGUUUAAUGCGAGGUGUUAACCUAUGUGGAAAUUCAAAAUUACCAACCAAACCUAAUGGAUCUAGUCAUUUGAUUGAAGGUUUCUUUGAUCAUCGUAAUGUAUCAUUUAUUGGGCGUCCAUUCCAUUUAGAAGAAGUACAUCAACACUUCGCUAGAUUAAGAACUUGGGGUUUGACAUUUGUGAGGCUUUUGGUAACUUGGGAAGCUUUAGAACAUUCCGGACCUGGCAUUUAUGAUGAAGAAUUUAUUGAAUAUCUUAUUAAUAUCAUUGAAGAAAUGCCAAGGUAUGGCAUUAGAUGUUUCAUAGACCCACAUCAAGAUUGUUGGUCACGUUUUUCGGGAGGUUCUGGUGCUCCAGGUUGGACGUUUGAAAUUGCAGGUCUUGAUAUGAACCAAUUUAAAACAACUGGAGCAGCAUAUGUUCAUAAUACAAAUCAUAAACCGGGUGAUUUUUUACCUAUGGUUUGGCCUACAAAUUAUACGAAGUUAGCAAGUAGUACGAUGUUUACCUUAUUUUGGGGAGGUGAUGUGUUCGCACCAGAAUCAUUAUAUGAGGGUGUCAAUGUUAAAGAAUUCCUUCAAGAUAAAUAUAUAAAUUAUGCUGUAAUGGGAUUUGAACUCAUGAAUGAACCUCAUCCCGGUUAUAUUGGUCUCUCUGACCUUUUCAAAUAUGAUGCAGGUACCACAUUAGUUUUUGGGGAUUCCCCGAAUGCCUUGCAAUCUUUUGCUUUAGGUGAUGGAAUACCUCAAGAAAUUGAAGUAUGGAUUAGAUCUUGGCCAUUUCCUACUCGUAAACAUUCCACUCGACUUGUAAAUGAAGAACGUGUAUCUGCUUGGAUAAAUGAUGAAUGUAUUUGGAGAAAACAUGGAGUAUGGGAUGUUGAUGUAAAAACUGGAAAACCUAAAGUUUUAAAUAAGAAAUAUUUUACACAACACCCAAUAACUGGAAAAAAAGUUGACUUCUAUAAAGAUUUCUAUCUUCCGUUUGUAAAAAGAUAUUCGGAAGGUAUACAAAGUGUCAAGAGUGAUUAUCUAGUUUUCGUGGAACCUUUACCUAAUGAACCACCUCCAAAAUGGACUACUUCUGAUCAUCACAAAAAUGUUGUUUAUGCGCCACAUUGGUACGAUUUACAGGCUUUAUUCACAAAAAGUUUUGACGGUAUAAUCACACACGAUGUACAACGUUUAACACAGGGACCUCAACAUAUUAUGUCAGCCACAUACUUUGGAAUUUCUGGUGCAAAAAAGAAUUAUUUUGGUCAAGUUCGAAAUAUUGUAAAAAAAGGUCUUGAAAAUGUUGGUGAUAAACCUUGUGUAAUAGGUGAAUGUGGAAUACCUAUGGAUAUUAAUGAUAAAAAAGCUUUCGCGACUGGUGAUUACACACAUCAUAUUAAUUUUCUGGAUGCUGUUUUGAUUGCUAUGGAAAAGAAUCUGGUGAAUUUUACAUUAUGGAAUUAUAAUUCUUCUAACGAUAACACGCAUGGUGAUCAUUGGUAUGGUGAAGAUUUUUCAAUAUAUUCACCACUUCCUUCUACACCAACAUGUACUGAGAAUUCUCUCAUAUCUGAAACAUCCGAAAUGAAAUCUGAAAUAUCUAAAUUGGCAUCUGAAAUGAUGACAACCAAUUCAACAUAUGGAACAAAUGGAACAAAUGGAACAAUUGAAUCAAUUAAAACAAAUGGUCAACCAUUAAACAAAUUGAAAUCUCGAGCGCAACAACAACUUAAAAUUCAUACAUUUACGGAUUAUGAUGAUCAUAAAGAUCAAGUGUUCUUAGAUGCAUCAGAAGAAAUUCAAAUUCAAGAUACAUUAGAAACAUCUAUAGAUACUUUAGAAACUUCCAUAAGUUCAGAUUCCUAUGAUGAAUGUAAAAGUGUAUUAAGUCAAAUGAGUCCUACUACUCCAACAUCUCCUUUUGAUUUAAAUCCUUGGCAAUUAGGAGAACAAGAUGAAGAAAGAUAUUAUGAUCCAUCUCAUCAUGAUGGAGGAAGAGUUUUAGAUGCUGUUCUGCGUCCUUAUGCUGCUAAAGCUCCUGGUGUACCACAGACUAUGGCUUUUAAUAUAAAAACAAAAGAAUUCACUUUCAAAUUCACAAAUUAUUCAUCGUCUCAACGAGUUAAUGAUAAUAUUUCCUCGAAUAUUGUUGCACCAGAAGUUGAAAUCUUUAUACCCAAUUAUCAUUAUAAAAAAUCAGGAAUUGAAAUUCGUGUUUCAGAUGGUGAUUGGAGAUAUGUUAGAAAUAGACAAACUUUAUAUUGGCGAGUUAAAGAUUGGAUCUCGGAAAAUUUGGUUCACUCAUUAAGAAUUCGAAUAAUUGAUGAUGAUGAUAAAACCAUUGCAGCAACAUCUGGUAGUGUUGAACUUUCAAAUGAUAUUAAUAAAUAUAAUUUCGAAGAUCCAUCAUCAGGAAGUUUUAAUGUAAAAGUAGUUUUGGGUUCAUUAUUUAUAUUAUUUUUAGCCAUUUAUACCCAAAGGAAACAUUUAGAAAUAUUUUUAUGA